CUGGGGGGUUGGAACAACCUAUUUGGCUUAAUGAGGUGAUCCAUUGUGCUUUCUCAGCCUCUCUCCUUGUCUAUCUUUCUCUGCAUGUCUCUUAGCCAAUUACACAGUGUCCUGUCUUGCAUCCUGUCCCCUUUUUUUCUGCCCUCACUCCUUUUCCCUCCUUCUUUCUAAAGGCCCCGUUGAGCCCCGAUCGGCUUGCAGGGGAUAAAACCUGGAGCUUGGGAGCGGAGAGGGACAUUUGGGAGCAAGAUGGCGAGAGGGACGGUGGCCACGUACCUACACGGAGUCCUUCUCCUGGCUCUGUGGAAACCGUCACUGCAAGGAGGUGUGUACAUACCUGCUGGUGGAGGAGCUGGAGCUGGCGUAGGAGCCGGUGCAGGACCUGGAACUGGAUUUGGACCAGGUGGGACCGGAGCAGGAUAUGGAGGAGCCGGGACUGGAUUUCAGCCUGGUGGAGGAAUUGGACCAGGAGGAGCUGGUGCUGGUCUUGGGGGUUUUGGACCAGGAACUGGUGGAGGUGGAUAUGGUGGUCAAGGACAAGGAGGAGUUGGACCAGGAGGAGUCGGACAAGGAGGAUAUGUUCAGGGAGGAGUUGGACCAGGAGGAGUCGGACCAGGGGGAUAUGGUCAGGGAGGAGUUGGGCCAGGAGGAGUCGGACCAGGGGGAUAUGGUCAGGGAGGAGUUGGGCCAGGAGGAGUCGGACCAGGAGGAGUCGGACCAGGGGGAUAUGGUCAGGGAGGAGUUGGGCCAGGAGGAGUCGGACCAGGGGGAUAUGGUCAGGGAGGAGUUGGGCCAGGAGGAGUCGGACCAGGGGGAUAUGGUCAGGGAGGAGUUGGGCCAGGAGGAGUCGGACCAGGGGGAUAUGGUCAGGGAGGAGUUGGGCCAGGAGGAGUCGGACCAGGAGGAGUCGGACCAGGGGGAUAUGGUCAGGGAGGAGUUGGACCAGGAGGAGUCGGACCAGGAGGAUAUAGUCAGGGAGGAGUUGGGCCAGGAGGAGGCGGACCAGGAGGAGUCGGACCAGGGGGAUAUGGUCAGGGAGGAGUUGGACCAGGAGGAGUCGGACCAGGGGGAUAUGGUCAGGGAGGGGUCGGACCAGGAGGUUUGAGGCCCAGCACCUUUGGUCCAGGCAGUGGUGGACUAGGAGUCGUCCCUGGAGGUGUUGGGGCUGGUGGAAAGCCUCCAAAAACAGGUGGCUACGGUGGCCAUGGAGGAACAACCGGAGGGCUGGGAGCAGGACAGGGAGCUGGAGGUGUAGGAGGAGGACUCGGGCAGGGCGGAGUCGGGCCAGGUGGUUUUGGACCGGGUGGUGUCGGGCCUGGAGGCUACGGAACUGGGCUUGGGGGAGUUGGCACAGGCAUGUUUUUGCUCCGAAACAUAUUUGAUGAUAAAUAUCUCCCGGGUCAGUGUGAGCGCAGAGAAAAAACUCGACACGGAGGCCUCGGGGCAGGAGGUGUGGGCGGGGGAGCAUUUGGAGCAGGAGGUCUCGGGACUGGCAGAGGUCAGGGAGCCGGAGGACAGGGUCCUGGAACAGGCUACGGACCUGGAGGUGGCUUUGGAGGCUACGGGGGUGGUUAUGGUCCAGGUGGUGUUGGUCAAUACACAGGAACUGAUGGAACUGGUCCCAAACCUCCUAAAACAAGUGGGGCUGGAACAUCACUCGGAGGAACAGGUUAUGGGCCUGGUGGAGCCGGAGUUGGGCCUGGUGGAGCCGGAGUGGGACCUGGUGGUGCAGGGUUUGGACCUGGUAGUGCCGGUGUUGGACCUGGUGGAACAGGAUUUGGACCUGGUGGAGCAGGAUUUGGGCCUGGUGGAGCAGGAUUCGGGCCUGGUGGUGCCGGUGUUGGACCUGGUGGAGCAGGAUUUGGACCUGGUGGUGCAGGGUUCGGGCCUGGUGGAGCAGGAUUCGGGCCUGGUGGUGCCGGUGUUGGACCUGGUGGAGCAGGAUUCGGGCCUGGUGGUGCCGGUGUUGGACCUGGUGGAGCAGGAUUCGGGCCUGGUGGUGCCGGUGUUGGACCUGGUGGAGCAGGAUUCGGGCCUGGUGGUACCGGUGUUGGACCUGGUGGAGCAGGAUUCGGGCCUGGUGGUGCCGGUGUUGGACCUGGUGGAGCCGGAUUCGGGCCUGGUGGUGCUGGCGUUGGACCUGGUGGAGCCGGAUUCGGGCCCGGUGGUGCCGGCGUUGGGCCCGGUGGUGCCGGAGUUGGGCCCAGUGGUGCUGGAGUUGUGCCCGGUGGUGCCGGAGUUGUGCCCGGUGGUGCCGGCGUGGGACCCGGUGGUGCCGGAGUUGGACCUGGUAGAACAGGAUUUGGGCCGGGUGGAGUUCCAUUGCUUCCACAGACUGGCACCACAGGAGGAGGACCUGGAGGGAAGAGUAAAGCAUCAAAACAAGUUCCAGGAAUAGGAGUGCCUGGGCUCUAUCAAGGUGGAUUUGUGCCAGGCCAAGGUUUUGGAGGCCGUGGUGUUCUCCCUGGAGUGGCCACAGGAUCUGGACUUGGGCCUCAGACUGGGGCAGGAGUACUCGGCCAAGGUGGAGCUGGACCAGGAGGAGCAGGAAAUGGCCGUGGACAGCAAUUGCCAGGGGUUUUCCGUGGUUACCCUCUCAUAUCACCAAAAUCAGGGAGUGGCAAAACAAAGAAUCCAGCCAAAGCUGCAGCUAAAUAUGGUGGAGCUGGAGCUGGAGGAGGAACGCUUGGUCAAGGAAGCGCUUUGGGGGGUGGGGCUGGAAGACUCCCUGGAGGAGGGGCAGGAAUCACACCUGGAUUAGGAGGCGGAGUUGGAACAGGAGGUGGACCUGGAGGAGCCAUACCUGGUUUAGGUUAUGGUCCUGGCUCAGCCAAAGCACGUAAAUAUGGUCAGACAGGCCUUGGAGGAGGAGGACCAGGUGGAGGACUGGGGCCUGGCUCAGGCAUUGGGACAGGUGUAGCAGGGGGCGGCUAUGGUUAUGGUCCAGGCAGUGCAGGCACAGGCUCAGCUGGAGGCCUUGGAGGCGGAGGACCAGGAGGAGGAGUUGGCCUCGGCACAGGUGUGGCACCUGGCUCUGGGGUCGGUUUUGGUCCAGGCGGUGCCGGCACUGGGUCAGGUGGCCUUGGUCCUGGUGGUGCUGGUACUGGGUCAGGUGGCCUUGGUCCUGGUGGUGCUGGUGGUGCUGGUACUGGCCCUGGAGGAGCUGGUUACGGGCCUGGUAGAACUGGGUAUGGACCAGGUGGCACUGGAGCUGGAUUGGGAGGAGCCGGAACAGGACCUGGAGGGUAUGACGCGAGUGCCAAAGCUCGUAAAUAUGGCAUGCUAAGUGGAGCACUUGGAGGUUUAGGCACUGGUGGAGUCAGGCCUGGAGGUACUGGCACUGGUUAUGGACCAGGUGGUGCUGGUACAGGCUAUGGACAAGGUGGUGUCGGACCUGGUGGUGCUGGUACAGGCUAUGGACAAGGCGGAGUUGGACCUGGUGGUACUGGCACUGGUUAUGGACCAGGUGGUACUGGUACAGGCUAUGGACAAGGUGGUGUCGGACCUGGUGGAGCUGGUACAGGCUAUGGACCCGGCGGUGCUGGAACAGGCUAUGGACAAGGUGGUGUCGGACCUGGAGGUGCUGCUACAGGCUAUGGACAAGGUGGUGUCGGACCUGGUGGUGCUGGUGCAGGUAAUGGACAAGGAGGUGUCAGACCUGGUGGUGCUGGAACAGGCUAUGGACAAGGUGGUGUCGGACCUGGCGGUGCUGGUACCGGUUAUGGACCAGGUGGUGCUAGUACUGGUUAUGGACCAGGUGGUGCUGGAACAGGUUAUGGACAAGGUGGAGUUGGACCUGUUGGUGCUGGAUAUGGACCUGGUGGAGGAGUUGGACCUGGUGGUGCUGGCUAUGGACCUGGAGGUUAUGCUGGUGCCAAAGCUCGUAAAUAUGGUCUGCCUGGAGGAGUUGGAGGAGCCCUGGGUGCAGGAGGACUUGGUGGUGGAGUCGGGCCUGGUUCUGGGCUCGGAGUAGGAGGAGGGGUCCCGGGAAGAGGUGUUGGACUAACAACUGGUGGUGGACCUGGAGCAGGACUGGGGACCGGUGCGAUACCUGGGUCAGGUGUUGGAACGGGUGGUGGACCUGGUGGCUUUGGACUAGGUAGUGCUGGAGGAUAUCCGGGGGGAGCCAAGUCUCUCAAAUACGGGCUUCCUGGUGGUGGUGGAGCCCCAGGAUCUGGUCUGAACGUAAUAUUUGGUGGCCCAGCAGCAGGAGGAGGAUAUGGCCCUGGGACCGGAGGAGCACUCGGAACUGGAAGAGCAGGAUAUGGACCUGGUGGAUAUGGACCUGGCGGAUAUGGGCCUGUGCCUGGUGCUGGUUACGGACCAGGGGGAGGCUAUGGUGCAGUACCAGGAGCUGGAUAUGGAACAGGCUAUGGAGCUGGAUCAAAAGCUGCUAAAUAUGGUCAAGCUGGAACCACUGGUGGGGUACUUGGAGGUGGAGUGGGACGAGAGGGCCAACCUGGUGGUGUUGCACCUGGGGCAGGAGCCGGGACAGGCACAGGAGGAGCAGGGGCAGGAUCAGGGACCGGCACUGGAGGUGCAGGUGCAGGGACCAGCACUGGAGGAGCAGGUGCAGGGACCGGGACAGGUACUGGAGGAGCAGGUGCAGGGACCGGCACUGGUGUUGGUACAGUGAAUGGAACCAGCACUGGCAGGGGUGCAGUGACGACAGCUGGACCCACUGGGGGAGGACUUGGCAGCGCAGGAGGCACACCAGCUCCAGCAUCAGAAGGUGAUGGUGGAGCUGGCAGCGUGAUAGAAGGUUCUGGAAGUUCUGGAGGAGAAGGAGGUGCAGGUGUAGCCGGCAGACCAGUGGGAGCAGGUGCUGAUGGAGACGGCCUGAGUGGAACAGGGAUCCCCAUCAUUGCAGCAAAACCAGGAGUCAAUGGGACCGAAGUUCCAGGUUCUAGUGAAGAUGUCUCAGGUGGUUCACUGCCUGGAGCUAAACCUCUCAAACCCCCAGGUGUCCCCAGAGGUGACACACCCGGUGAAGGAGAUGGAGAGGAAGGCCCCGAUGGCGAGAGAGACGGUACAACAGGCACUGGCGGAGAACCGGGAGGAGUAGGAGGGGGUCAAACCAUGGCAGGAGGAGCGAGUGGAGUUUCAGGUGGUGCAACAGGUGGGGGGAGAGGAGACAGUCCUGCAACUGGAACUGGAGUUGGAGCACAGAGUGCAACUGGUGGAGUAGGAGGAACACCAAAACCAUCCAUAGGUGGAGUCGGUGGGGUAGCAGGAGGAGUUGGAGGUGGUCCUGGGGGCGUUGGAGCCGGUACUGGUGGAGUUGGAGGUGGUCCUGGGGGCGUUGGAACUAGUCCUGGAGGAGUUGGAGGUGGUCCUGGGGGCGUUGGAACUGGUCAUGGAGGAGUUGGAGGUGGUCCUGGGGGUGCUGGUGGUCUUGGAGGAGUUGGAGGAGGUCCUGGAGGAGCAGGCUUGGCACCUGGGGCUGGUGGGCCUGGUGGAUUAGGAACAGGAGCACUUAAACCUGGAAAAAGCUAUGGUGCUGGUGGAGCUGGAGUUUUACCAGGUGGAGGUAUACGUUAUCCAACUGGAGCUGGAGUAGGACAAGGAAAACCAGGCAAAGUGUAUGGAACUCUGGGAGCACAAGGCCAGGGUGGAGUUGGACCUGGCAGUUAUGGAGUUGGUCCUGGUGGCUAUGGUACUGGCCCAGGAGGUUACGGGGCCGGCCCAGGUGGCUAUGGCGCUGGGCAUGGUGGAUAUGGAGCCGGACCUGGAGGCUAUGGAGGCAGAGGCGUUGGUGGUGGUCCUGGGGGUGCUGGAACACUUGGGACUGGAGGUGUAGGAGUGGGCCCCGGUGGAGUCGGUGGUGGAAUGGGGGGAUAUGGCGGUGGUGUGGGUCCAGGUGGUUCAAGAUAUGGCACAGGUCCAGGUCUGGGUACUGGCACCGGGAAAUCACCAAAAACAGGAGCUGGUGGUACUCGAGUUGGGCCUGGUGGCUAUGGGACUGGACCAGGUGGAAUUGGUUCUGCUCAAGGAGGAUUUGGACCUGGAGGUUUGGUGCCUGGCGGUUCUGGAAGUUAUGGACCUGGUGGCUCUGGACCAGGUGGAUAUGGGGAUGGCUCUGCCGGGACAGGACUGGGUGGUGUAGGAACCAGGCCAGGUGGUUAUGGAGCAGGUGGUGUUGGCACAGGACCAGGCAGCUAUGGACCAGGUGUUUACACUCCGGGAGGUCAAGGACUGGGGGCAAGAAAGCCGCCCAAAUCAGGCUAUGGAUCAUCCUCACUGGGUGGAGCUCAGGGGGCUUUACCUGGAGGAGCAGGUACAGGACCAGGCAGAUAUGGGCCUGGUGGUGCUGGUACAGGAACAGGAGGCUUCGGACCGGGUGGUGCUGGCACAGGAAGCUAUGGACCAGGUGGGGCUGGAACAGGAAGCUAUGGACCAGGUGGCGCUGGCACAGGAAGCUAUGGACCAGGUGGCGCUGGUACAGGAACAGGAGGCUAUGGACCAGGUGGUGCUGGCACGGGAACAGGAAGCUAUGGACCAGGUGGCGCUGGCACAGGAACAGGAAGCUAUGGACCAGGUGGCGCUGGUACAGGAACAGGAAGCUAUGGACCAGGUGGCGCUGGCACGGGAACAGGUGGUUUUGGACCUGGUGGUGCUGGCAGAGGAACAGGAGGCUUCGGACCGGGUGGUGCUGGUGCAGGCAGCUUUGGAACAGGGGGGCAAGGAUUAGGAAAAAGAAAACCAUCUAAAUCUGGUUACGGAGGAGCAGGGUAUGGAUCAGCAGGAGGAUUAGGAGGAGGAGCUGGUCCUGGUGGAGUUGGAGCUGGACCUGGAGGCUAUGGCCCCGGAGGAUACGGCCCAGCUGGAACUGGAUCAGGCCCUUUUGGUUUUGGGCCUGGUGGUGCUGGAACUGGUGGCUAUGGCCAAGGAGCUGGUACUGGGCCAGGGGGUUUUGGACCUGGUGGGGCUGGUGGAUAUGGGCCUGGUGGACAAGGACUUGGGACAAGGAAGCCUUCUAAAUCAGGUUAUGGCUCAUCGUUGGGUGGAACUGGUUAUGGACCAGGUGGUGGGGCAGGAGGGCUUCCUGGUGCUGGAACAGGAGGCAUCCCUGGAGGAAGCACAGGCAGUGUAGCAGAAAGAACAGGGGCAGGAGGUGCUGCAGGAACAGGCCAGGGAGCUGGAGGAUUGGGCGUCUUACCAGGCGGUGUUGGCCCUGGCUAUGGUGGGACAACAGGUGGAAGCUAUCCAGGAUAUGCGGGCGCCGGGCAAAAAUCCAAGGCACAGAAAGCAGCCAAAUAUGCUGCCCUGCAGGCUUUACUGGGAGCUGGAGGCUACAGAGGUGCUGGCUGUCAGGGCAAAUACUGUGGCCGAAGGAGGAAGUGAGAGACCAACGAACAGGAAGUGACCUCAUUAACACAACAGUGGUGCUACUGCGUGAUCCCAGAUUGUACAUGUCGAACCUGCCAUUGAAGCUAAAGCUUAAACACAUUACACAUGUUGUCUUUUUUUUUUUUAUUUGCUAAGAUUGAUCUCUUUCAAAAAGAGCAAUGGUUCUCCACCUGUUAGGGUCGUGAUUCCUUCAGGCCUAAUGCAUCAUUGUCAUGAUGUUGUUUUUUAUAAUUCAGCAAUGGUCAAAGAAUCAGUAAUAUUCACGAUUUCACAAUGUUAAAGUGAGUCUGCAUGGGGAAACACUUAUUAUAAUAGUAUUUUUGUUCCCCACGUAUAUCAUCUUGUGACUCUGAGGAUCCUGACUCCCAGGCUGAGAACCACUGAAAUAAAGGAUUUUCUUUUUAAUUGUACGACCAAGCUGUGCUCUAAUACAGUUUUGUCUUGUUUUUUGCUGUUGUUUUGUUAAACAUAAUUUGUGUUCCUGUGUUUCUCUGGGUGAAGUCCAAGGACUCCCUCAGGGCAGCUCCUUCAGACUUGUCUGCAAACUUCUCCAAGGCCACAUUUUUAUCCAGUGAGACUGGUGGUUUUCCCUUUGUUGUGCAGAAUGUAAUGUUUGUUUCACUUAUUCACUGUUGUUGUUUUUUGAAGUCUCAAGAUUUAAAGUGCAAACUCUCCGAUAGUCUGUCCAGCAGACAGAAACAGACGGCUGCUAUUUUGGGGCACUGUUAACAAAAGGGACUCCGGGUGGAAUGUUUCAUGGUGCGGUGUUUUGUCCAGCCACGAUCUGUUUCCUGAAAAGCGGCCUGUGUUCAUUCGAACUGUGCUCAGGCCUCAGCAGCGUCUGAAGGUCCUCAGCUGUCGACAACAGAAAUUCUUCGGCUCCAUUCACGACACUCAACGGUUUUAUAGCUGCAUAAACUUAAUUAUUAUUAAUGUAAAAUGACUCACAGUAACAUGCAUUUUUUUUUUUUUUUACAUUGUUAUGACUUGUUAUGACAUUCUGACGUGCCUGAGAUCUGACUUUUUUCAUGUUCUGUUGUGGAAAGCGUUAGAUUUAAAUGUGAGGUAAUAUGAUUUGAAGCCAUGAUGCAUUUAACUUCAUCAUGGCUGAGCAACGUUGAUACCUGUGUAUAUUUACCUUCUUUAACACUGUUGGAAAAUUAUUCACGUUUACUAGUCGUUUUAAAUUAUGCUGAGAAAAAGCAGAAAACCUUCUGUAGUUAUUUAGCCUCAUUUUACAAAUUCAAAUGAGUUAAAACAGUAUAAAAUAUUUUAGUUAUUGUGCGUGUGAGUUUUAACAGAUUUAGUGUAGUCUCAUGAUAUAUAAGUAUACGUGCUUCGUUUUCUACAUUGACCUUGAAUAUGUGCUGAAUCACACUGUAGUCUGUAAUAUCAUUGGGAUAAAACAGUGUAAAUGAUUCUCAUCUUGGAUUUGAGCUUAAGUUUGUGUCUCUAUCAUGUAGAUCAACUGGUGUGUUUUGUUUUUUAAAUAUCUGCGUUUUAUAUGUGGCCUAUGAAGAAAAUUGUGCACUUUUGUACACUUUCUGACAACGCUCUCUGAAAUAAAGAAACGACCAACAACAA